AUGAAGAUUUAUUUAAAUAUAUACGACUUAGCCAAAGCAAAUUAUUACCUACAUUCUUUAGGAUUUGGAAUAUACCAUACUGGUAUUUAAGUUGGGUCUGCUGAAUACCAUUUUGGUGGACAUGAAGGAAGCUCAACUGGUGUUUGCUAAACAGAACCUAAGGAAUAUACAAGCAAUGUUAUUUUCAGAGAUUCUAUAUAUCUGGGAGAAUGUAAUCUUAGUUAUAGCCAAGUUAAUAGCAUUUUAGAAGAAUUAAAAAGAGAUUUUGUUGGCAAUUCAUACGAUGUCCUCACACGCAAUUGCAAUCACUUCUCAAAUGCAGUAUGCUAAAGACUCUUAAAUAAAUCAAUACCUUCUUACAUUAAUAGAAUUGCAUAUGUUGGUAAUAUGUUUAGGUGUUGCAUUCCUUCUGCUCUUGUAGCAGGUCCUGGUAGUGAUCCCACUAGAUAAGAUAAUAACUACAGUGGUUCCUCAAAAUAAUCACCUCCAGAUUCUGAGAAUAUUGCUUUCAAGGCUUUCAAGGGAAAUGGUGUAUCAAUAGGAGGAGCAAGUAAAUCCAGCUCAAAAAAUUCAAAAUAAGGUUAUAUAUAAUAACAUGACAUUGAAAAUUGA